AUGGAUAGGACUAGAAAAGUUAUCUGGUCUUCUAAUAUAUCGGUACCUGCUUCAGCUAUGAAGGCAACAACUGGUGUACUAAUGGAUAAUGGAAAUCUUGAACUUAGACUUGGAGAAGAUACUCUGUGGCAGAGCUUCGAUCAUCCCUUUGAUACAUUUUUGCCUGGCAUGAAGCUUAGCUUGAAUACAAGGACGGGCCAACAAAGAGGUCUUACAUCUUGGGCAGCACUUAAUGAUGCAACCCGGAAAGAAAAUGCUCCAUAUUGGAGAAGUGAUCUGUACAUUGGCAAACAGACAAACACAGCCUUUGAUGUUGAUGGUGAAAAUGCUCCAUCUUCAAAUGGAACCACUUAUUUCCUUACUUACAACUUUGAGGCUGAUGAGGUUUAUCUAACUUAUGGUGUCUUAGAUAGUUCAACCAAACUGAGGGUCAUAUUGAAUCCAACUGGGCAGAUUAAGCUGCUUCUGUGGCUGGAACACAGUGAAACAUGGUUUGUAUGGUGGAGGAAGCCUUUUGAUCAAUGUGAUUUUUAUGCUCGUUGUGGUCCAUAUGGUGCCUGCAGUUGUAAAAAUGAAACCCUCUCAUCACCAUGCAAGUGUUUGACAGGUUUUAGGCCAAAAUUCCAAAAACAAUGGGAUAUGGGGGGUUGGCUUGGUGGCUGUGUUCGAGAGAAAGCAUUGAUGUGUAAUAAGGAAGAUGGGUUUUCAAAGAUUUCGAAGUUGAAACUACCAGAUCAGGCUGUUCUUUAG